CUUCUUCUUCAAUCUACACCCUCUCUCUCUCUCUCCUCUUGUCCGAAUCAAAUCCGGUUGCUGGAAAAGGUAAAAACUUUGAGCGAGAUUCGUCGAGGAGCACCGAAGGGUGAAAAACCCUGAUUCUCGAAAUCGCGAAUCACCCAAGGCGGUGGGAGAUUUCGUCUUCUCUGUCCGCGAUGGCGGAAUUAGGGCAACAGACGGUGGAUUUCUCCGCUCUCGUUGGCCGAGCCGCGGAGGAGUCAUUCCUCUCCCUCACGGAGCUCGUUGAGAAGGCCAAGUCGACGGAGCUUUCCGAUACUGAUAAGAAGCUUAGCCUCCUCAAGUACGUCGUCAAGACUCAGCAGCGGAUGCUUCGGCUCAAUGCGCUCGCCAAGUGGUGUAAACAGGUUCCUCUAAUAAACCGCUUGCAAGACGUCGGGAGCACACUAUCAUCUCACGAUAUAUGCUUUACACAAGCUGCGGAUUCACUCUUCUUUAUGCACGAAGGUCUACAGCAAGCUCGCGCUCCCGUCUACGAUGUCCCCUCUGCAAUCGAGGUUCUGCUGACGGGUUCUUAUCAGCGCCUGCCAAAGUGCAUAGACGACGUGGGGAUGCAGUGCUCCUUGGAUGAGGUUCAACAGAAGCCAGCACUGAGAAAGCUUGAGGUCCUCGUACGUUCCAAACUACUCGAGAUCACACUUCCAAAGGAAAUAACAGAGGUGAAAGUCUCUAAAGGCACAGUCACCUUAUCCGUGGAGGGGGAGUUCAAGGUUCUCGUUACUCUUGGUUACAGAGGACACCUGUCCAUGUGGAGGAUACUGCAUUUGGAUCUGCUCGUUGGUGAAAGAAGCGGUCCGAUUAAGCUCGAAGUGACAAGAAGGCAUAUCCUUGGUGAUGAUUUAGAGCGUAGAAUGUCAGUGGCAGACAAUCCGUUCACGAUAUUAUACGCGGUGCUCCACGAGCUCUGCGUUGCCAUUGUCAUGGACACGGUCAUAAGACAGGUCCGAACUCUUCUUCACGGGAGAUGGAAAGAUGCGAUUCGCUUCGACUUAAUCUCUGACACUGGCACCACCGCACCAGCAAACCAAGAAGGAGAGGCAGAUUCCGUUAGUCUUAAAACACCAGGAGUGAAACUAAUGUACUGGCUAGAUUCUGACAAAAGUGCAGGCCCGUUCGUUAAAAUCGAACCAGGGUCGGAUCUCCAGAUUAAGUGUUCUCACAGCACGUUUGUGAUCGACCCGCUGACCGGCAAGGAAGCUGAGUUUUCUCUGGAUCAGAGCUGCAUCGACGUGGAGAAGCUCCUGCUUAAAGCUAUAUGCUGUAACAGAUAUACCCGUCUUCUUGAGAUUCAGAAAGAGCUUUUGAGGAAUGACCGUAUCUGUCGAGCUCCCAGUGAUGUCACCCUGCAGGCCUUCCUGGAUGAGCCUGGUAGCGAGGGAGGUAACAUGGUAGACUCUAAGCAACAAGUAGAGCCAGAGGUAUUACGUGUCCGAGCCUAUGGAUCAUCAUUCUUCACACUCGGGAUCAAUAUAAGGACCGGUAGGUUUCUUCUUCAGUCAUCCAAGAGUGUCUUGACCCCUUCCAUCUUGGUGGAAUUUGAAGAUGCGUUAAAUCAAGGAAGUCUAUCUGCAGUUGAUGCAUUUAUCAACUUGAGAAGCAAAAGCAUUUUGCAUUUUUUUGCCGCCAUUGGCAAAUUUUUGGGUCUUGAGGUCUAUGAACAUGGUUUUGGUGUAAACAAAGCCCCCAAGAACCUCUCGGAUGGGUCAAGCAUUCUAGCUUUGGGAUUCCCUGACUGCGAAAGCUCUCACCUCUUGCUCAUGGAGCUCGAAAAGGACUUCACGCCGUUGUUCAAAUUAGUGGAAACUCAAACGGAUGGUUCGGGAAAACCUCAGUUUCUCAAUGAUCUCAGCAAUGUUUUGCGUGUUAAGAAAAUUGAUAUUGGGCAGAUACGGAUUCUUGAAGAUGAUCUUAACUUGAUUACAUCCGAUGUAUCUAGAUUCGUUUCUUCCUUCUCAGAUGCUGAGAGCUUAAAUCAAGCAUCUGGGAACCGUCAUCCUCCUGGAUUAGUUGACGAAUCUUUGGAAGAAACGAGUGGAGGAGGCCAGUUGAGUUUCUCUAGCAUCGUAGAUGAAGUGUUUGGACAUCAGAAAAUGACAUCCGCUCUUGUUUCAAGUGAUGGCCUCGGAAAAGCUCCGUUGUUGACUAGCUAUCAAUCGGAUUCCUUCUACAGUAUGCAUGCCCCUUCUUUACAACCUAGCUCUUUUAAUUUGUUGCCGUCUCCCCCUGGGAAGGGUCCAGCUACGAAGAAGAUAGCUAGUAGCUCUAACUCUAACAAGGAGUUGUCCAUGAUAUUGUCUCCAUCAUCCCUAACUGCUGGCAACGGAGUCACUGAGUCAGGCAGUAGAAUGGCCAGUGAAUCCUCGUUGUCACCUCUUCCAGCUGAUCUUGCAAUUACCUCUGAUGGUCCUUUACUGAGAAAAGACCAGAAGUCCCGGAAACGCUCAGCUUCAGAUUUGCUAAGAUUCAUCCCAUCUCUCCAGGGAGUGGAAUGUGUUACUCAUCCGAAUAAGAGAAGUAAAACCUCUGAGUUGGUGCAGAGUGAAUUAGUGAAGAGUUGGAGCCCUGCAUCACAAGCCGUGGUAACAUCAACAAAAACUAUUGGAUGCAGCUAUGGGGAUCUCAUAGCUGAAGCAAACAAGGGUAAUGCACCUUCAAGCGUUUUUGUCUAUGCUCUUCUCCAUGUGGUCAGGCAUUCUACGUUGUCCAUAAAGCAUGCCAAACUAACUAGUCAGAUGGAGGCACUGGACAUCCAAUACGUGGAGGAAAUGGGACUCAGAGAUUCGUUUUCGGAUAUAUGGUUCCGGCUUCCGUUUGCUCAAAACGAUUCCUGGCAGCAUAUAUGCUUGCAGCUCGGUAGACCUGGGAGCAUGUGUUGGGAUGUGAAAAUAAACGACCAGCAUUUCAGGGAUCUCUGGGAACUUCAGAAGGGAAGUAAAUCCACACCGUGGGGGUCUGGAGUUCACAUUGCGAAUUCAUCUGACGUUGAUUCCCAUAUCCGUUAUGAUCCUGAAGGCGUUGUUCUGACCUAUCAAUCCGUGGAAGCAGAUAGUAUCAAGAAGCUUGUGGCCGAUAUACAGAGGCUUUCGAAUGCUAGAAGGUUCUCCCUUGGCAUGCGGAAACUACUUGGCAUAAAGCCGGACGAAAAAACAGAAGAGGCUGGUGCUAGUGCCACUAUUAAAGGACCUGCUGGAGGGAAAGGUAGUGGUGAGACGGUUGAUAGAUGGAGGGCUUUCAAGAUUGAGGCAGUAGGAUUAACGAGCCUGUGGUUUAGCUUUGGUUCAGGCAUUUUGGCUCGUUUUGUUGUCGAGUGGGAAUCAGGUAAAGAUGAAUGCACCAUGCACGUCUCUCCUGACCAACACUGGCCACACACUAAGUUCUUGGAGGAUUUCAUAAAUGGUGCUGAGGUAGAAUCUCUUCUGGAUUGCAUUCGCCUCACUGCUGGGCCUUUGACUGCGUUAGCUGCCGCUACUCGCCCUGCCCGAGCUAGUACAGCCACUGGCGUGCCUGUGGUACCUGCUACAGCGACUCCAAGACAAUCAAAUCAGAUGCAACAAACUCAAGGAAGCAUUGCCGCUUCAACACUAGCAGCUCCUAGUGCUGUUGGCCAGUCUGCCUCAGCAGCUUCAGGGAAUGCUGUUGCUUCUCCUGCUCCAAGUCCACUUGGAGUUGCAAUGCUAGCAGCAGCCGCAGGGAGAAGCGGACCUGGAAUCGUUCCAAGCUCUCUCUUACCCAUUGAUGUCUCUGUAGUACUCCGUGGACCCUACUGGAUAAGGAUCAUAUACCGCAAACGUUUUGCGGUGGACAUGAGAUGCUUUGCUGGAGAUCAAGUGUGGUUGCAACCAGCAACUCCACCCAAGGGCGGUGCUUCUAUUGGAGGCUCCUUGCCAUGUCCCCAGUUCAGACCUUUCAUCAUGGAGCAUGUCGCUCAAGAACUAAACGGUUUAGAACCGAAUUUGACAGGAGGUAGCCAAGGAGCAACAAAUCCAAACAGUGCAAACCCAAGUGGUAGCAGAGUUAACUUCUCCCCUUCUAGUGCAAUGUCAAGAGCCGCGAUGAGUCGUGUAACCAGUGUUGCUUCAGGAUCUUUAGUGGUUGGCUCAGGGUUGUCUGUACGUAGACCACCAGGCGGUGGUGUGCCAGCACAUGUAAGAGGCGAAUUAAACACAGCAAUUAUCGGUUUAGGUGAUGAUGGUGGCUAUGGUGGAGGAUGGGUUCCUCUUGUGGCUCUUAAAAAAGUUUUGCGUGGUAUCCUUAAAUAUCUUGGAGUACUGUGGCUGUUUGCUCAGCUACCAGAUCUCUUAAGAGAAAUCUUAGGUUCAAUCUUGAAGGAGAACGAAGGCGCUCUCUUGAAUCUAGACCAAGAACAACCAGCGUUACGCUUCUUUGUCGGUGGCUAUGUAUUUGCGGUGAGUGUCCAUAGAGUUCAGCUUCUUCUUCAAGUCCUUAGCGUGAGGAGAUUCCAUCACGGGCAGCCACAGCAGCAAAACGGUUCAUCAGCUCAAGAGGAAUUAACCCAAACUGAAAUUGGAGAAAUCUGUGACUAUUUCAGCAGACGCGUUGCGUCAGAGCCUUACGAUGCUUCAAGAGUUGCCUCGUUCAUAACACUCCUCACAGUACCCAUUCAUGUGUUAAGAGAGUUUCUAAAACUGAUCGCUUGGAAGAAAGGCUUAUCGCAAUCACAACAAGCUGGAGAAGUCACUCCUGCGCAGAGACCUAGAAUCGAGCUAUGUCUAGAGAACCAUUCCGGUGCAACAGAUGUAGAAAACAGCUGUGCGGCUAAAAGCAACAUUCAUUUCGACCGGCCUCAGAACACGGUUGACUUUGCUUUGACAGUGGUUCUUGAUCCUGCGCACAUACCUCACAUAAACGCAGCUGGAGGAGCGGCGUGGUUGCCUUACUGUGUAUCGGUUAGGUUAAGGUACACCUUUGGGGAAAACCCUAGCGUGACGUUUCUUGGGAUGGAAGGAAGCCAUGGAGGUCGGGCUUGUUGGCAGCGUGUUGAUGAUUGGGAGAAGUGUAAACAGAGAGUGAGCCGUACGGUUGAAGUCAACGGUUCUGCUGCAGGAGAUGUGACUCAAGGGAAGCUCAAGUUGGUUGCUGAUAGUGUCCAGAGAACAUUGCAUCUGUGUCUUCAAGGUCUCAGAGAAGGCAGUAGUAAUAACACUCUUCAAAAGGAGUUUACCAUAUAGGGGAGAUGAACUUUUGUCAGUUUGUUGGUUUAAUGUGUACAUACAAUCCUUUUGGUUGUGAAAUUUUGGUUGAAUUUAGACAAUACCAUAAUCAAAAAUUUGCUUCAG